CGCGCGGAAAACGCGGCGAGUUUUAAUUUGGAAAACAGAACGUCGCAUGCAUAGCUUCAUUACGUACGUGCGUGUGCACAAGGAAAAAGAAAAAAAGCGACGACGCGUGGAACCCUAACCCUAAGAGGCAAGUGCAGGCCUGCGACGAUGGCUGCGUCUCUCCGCGCGGCGGCGACCACGAGGAUCCCGCGUCCGUCGGUGCUUCGAGGGCAGGGGCUUCGCCGGCUCGUCCACGCCGAGGAUCUUUCCAAAUCCAUCCUCCCCUUAGACAAGGAACAACGUGGUCCGCUAGUCCGGCGGAUGGGGGAGCUGAUGCGUUUGCAGGCUUCCAAAUUCACCCACGCCAUGAAGGAGGAACACCGUGCGGAGCUAGUCCAGCUGAAGAAGGAGCAAUUGUACGAAGUCAUUGCCCUUGUCGACGCCGAUUCUAAAACCUCCUUGCGGGACAAGAGUCUGCUCAAGGACCUCUCUACCCAAAUCGAGCCUAGACCACAUGACCCUCAAUGGCGGAAGAUAACCAGGAGCAAGAAGGUGACCAAGUGGACUGCUUUGGCGGGUAUUCUUGCUAUUAAUGCUCUCGGUUAUUGUGCCCUGCCUUCCGGUCCUGAAAUAGUGAAGUAUGACGGAUAUCUUGUAACCGUGGAGAGUCUUCCCUUGAUACGACAAUAUCAGCACGCUGCUGAGAGAGCGCGUAAGCAAGAUGGAUAUCAGCAUGUUGCUACUUCUGUGGGACUGGACAAGCAAGAGGAGAUGUGAACAAGCAAAAGGGAUGAAGAUGACAUGCAUGCAUCUUGUUUCAUGGAGAAGCAGGACUGCAGUCUUUUCCACCUAGAACUUGAUGAGACAUGGUGUGGUAUCCUUUCGGUCUAGAACUUUGAGUAAUAUUAUUAUUUGAUGAUCUCUGAUAGCAUUUUGUAAUAAUUUUAUUACUUUCUAUUUGAAUAAAAAAAGAGUAUGCAUUGUUGGAUGGAUG